AUGUCGAACCCUACCCCAGCCCAGGAAGAGUUCAACGCGCUUCUAGCCGCAAACACCCGUGACGACAUCAGGACACACCCCGAGGAUCGCGACUACGACCACCGCGAACAAGAAAGCCUCGACCUGGACGAGGACGAGUCCUACCGCAACUCCCAAAUAGACGCCGCCAUGCGCAUGCCCGCUCUUGGCCAGACCGGCCCCGGCCUGAAGCUGCCCCCGGCCAGCUUCGACGCAGGUCGCACGACUGGUGUUAAGGGCGUCAUCGCCGAUGCCCGCAACUACGAGAACGCCCGCAAGACCUCCUUCAUGAGCCGCGCGCGCACAACGGUGCGCCGCUCCAUCUUUGGCCUGGACGGCCUCAACUCUCAAUCCCACCCAUCGCACAAGAGCGAGAGCGAGACGGACGAGGGCAACGGCAGCGACUCGGACGACAGCUUCAUGCAGCAAUGGCGCGAGAGCCGCCGGAGAGAACUCGAGAGCGAGUCCAACAAGGUUAUCAGAAACCGCAGAACAAGUCCUAGUGUGCGAAUCUACGGACGCCUAGACGUCGUGGACGCCUUGGGUUACCUGGAUGCAAUUGAGAAGGUCGCACGGGACACCAUCGUCGUCGUUUUCGUCUAUGACCCAGAAGUAAGCCCCAUCCAUUACCAUCAAUUCGUGCUCGUGGAUGCGCUGGUGCUGACGGUCAAUUCGCAGUGUGAUGUAUCUGCGACGAUAGAGCACGCCAUGAUGCCGCUCGUUUCGCAGCAUUCAACAGUACACUUUGUCAAGGUGCACUACCUCGACAUCGAGUUUGAUAACGCUGCUGUACCGGCGAUUUUGGCGUACCGUAACCAGGGCGACAUGAUUGCUAACUUGACCGGUCUCAUCGAAAUGAUCCCUGACGACGAGAUGUUUGGCACCGACACGCUAGCACGUCUUUUCCACAAGCACGACAUCCUAUGA